CCUCUGCCAUGCGUGCGUGCGUGUUCGGUUGAGUACGCGAGUAAUUGAUAGUGUGCAGGACGUUUGUUUGAAAAUCAUUAUCACCAAGUCGAUCCGUGAUACCAGUCGAGCUGUUUUUUUUCAUUAAUAACAAUAUUAUUAUUAUUUUCACUUGUCAUUUCACCGUUUUCCGCUGUUGUACGUACCUGAAGAUUCGACAUCGUCGGAAUAGUAUCGCGACGUCGACGAUUGGAGCACACGUCUCCUUCGUUAUUGUUCAUUCACUUACUUUUGUGCGGACAUUGGUGUACCGUACUAUAACCUCCACUUUCACUUCACUAAUCAUGUAUGGUCUCUAGUCGCUAUAUUAUAUUAACCAUAAGGUCCAUACCUAAUAAUAUUAUACACAUUGGUGCCCAAUCGUUGUUAUCCGUCUCCGUGUGCAUACACCGUACAAUAUGGAAAAUGCUUAUUUAUUGUCAGCUUUCAAGACAAUAUCCUUUAUAUAUGAUGUCAUAACAUAUCCUGUGUAUUUAAUAUUACAACAGCCAUGGAAUAAGAAGCAAAAGUCCAAGCAAAUAAAAUCUGAUAUUACCAAAUUUGAUGAUAACACAAUUAUCAUUAAAACCUUAAGUAAACCCACAUCGAAUCAUCUUACUUUAGUCAAAGAUAAGAUAGAUACACUACAAAAAGUAUUUCAGUAUGCUGUAAAUAAAUAUGCUGAUUCAUAUUGCCUUGGAACUAGAGAUGUACUUGCUGAAGAAGACGAAGUGCAGCGAAAUGGAAGAAUUUUCAAAAAAUAUGUCAUGGGAGAUUAUAGAUGGAUGACAUUUACAGAAGUGGACAAGGCAUCUGAUAAUUUUGGAAAUGCUUUAGUAUCUUUAGGUCAAAAGCCUAAAGAAAAUAUAGCAAUAUUUGCUGAAACAAGGGCUGAAUGGAUGAUAUCUGUUCAAGGUUGUUUCAAACAAAAUAUACCCGUUGUAACAUUAUACGCGACCCUUGGAGAAGAUGCAAUAGCACAUGGUAUAAACGAAACUGAGGUCACUAUUGUUAUUACUUCACAUGAUCUGUUACCAAAAUUUAAAAAAAUUUUACAACUCACUCCUCGAGUUAAAACUUUAAUCUACAUGGAAGAUCAAUUAGCAAAGACAAACACCAGUGGCUAUAAAGACGGAGUUGAAAUAAUAUCAUUUAAAUCUGUUUUGAAAAGGGGGUCAGAAUACACAGUUACAGAAAACCAUUUACCAAUAAAGAAUGAUAUAGCAAUUGUUAUGUACACUAGUGGAUCAACAGGCACGCCUAAAGGUGUUAAUCUAUCACACACUAAUCUUAUAUCAACGCUCAAAGCUUUUACUGAUGCUAUUAGUAUAGAUUACAAGAGAGACGUAUUUAUGGGAUAUUUACCAUUGGCACAUGUUUUUGAAUUGCUUGGAGAACUUGCUUGUUUAUUAUGCGGAAUUAGAAUUGGAUAUUCCACACCAUUAACUAUGAUUGAUACAUCUAGUAAAAUCAAACGUGGAACAAAAGGUGAUGCAGCUGUAUUAAGACCAACCCUCAUGACUGCAGUUCCUCUCAUAUUAGAUCGUAUCUACAAAGGCAUUAAUGAAAAAGUUUCUAGUGGGACGACAUUACAAAAAACAUUAUUCAAAUUUGCAUUUGAAUAUAAAAGAAAAUGGAUGGAACGUGGAUUUCAAACUCCACUAAUUAAUUUGUUAGUAUUUAAAAAAACAAGCGCAUUAUUGGGAGGUCGUAUACGUUUCAUUCUGUGUGGGGGAGCUCCUCUGUCACCAGAAACUCAUACUCUUAUCAAAAUUUGCCUAUGUGAAAACGUUCAACAAGGUUAUGGACUAACUGAGACUAGUUCAUGUGGAUCUGCAAUGAGCCGAGAUGAUAUGUCAACGGGUCGAGUAGGAGCUCCACUAACGGUUAAUGAUUUCAUGUUAGUCAGUUGGGAAGAAGGUAGCUAUAGGAUAACAGAUAAACCAUAUCCAAGAGGCGAGCUUAUUAUAGGUGGAGACAACAUAUCACCUGGGUAUUAUAAAAAUCCUGAAAAAACUAAAGAAGAAUUUUUUGAAAAAGAUGGCAAGUGGUGGUUUAAAACUGGUGACAUUGGUCAGUUGGAAGCCGAUGGUGCCAUUAAAAUAAUUGAUCGUAAAAAAGAUUUAGUAAAAUUGCAAGGUGGCGAGUAUGUGUCUCUUGGUAAGGUUGAAUCACAACUCAAAACCUGCCCAGUUGUUGAUAAUAUAUGUAUUUAUGGAAAUCCAUUUCAUAUGUAUACAAUUGCAUUGGUUGUUCCGAACAGACAUCACUUGAUAGAUAUGGCUAAAAAAUUGAAUAUUGAAAAUGUAAAUGAAAUUAGUAUUGAAGAGUUGUUUUCAAAUAAGGAGUUGGAGAAAGCAGUUGUUGAUGAGUUGACUGCCCAUGGUAGAAAAAAUAAACUUGAAAGGUUUGAAAUACCUACAGCAAUUAUAAUAUGUAAUGAUGUAUGGACACCAGACAAUAAUCUAGUGACAGCUGCUUUCAAAAUCAAACGAAGAGAAAUAUAUGAUAAAUAUAAAGUUCAAAUUGAUAAAUUGUACCAAUUUUGAUAACUAUUAUUAUUGGAAAAAAUGGAAGACCAAAAUAACAAAAUUUUAUAUUACUUUUAGAGUAUGUUUAUUUUACCAAAAGCAAUUAAUUAAUUUUAUAUUAAUAGUAUUUUAGGAUGUAUACAUUAAUAAAUAUGUUGUUAUUAAUUCUUGCAAGUUUAAUUUUAGUUUGAUACUUCAUCCCUGUACAAUGUUACAUAACAUUUUUGUGUAAUAUUGUCUAUCAAAACUUAAUUGUUGUCAUUAAUGGCUUCAGAUUUGUUUGUGUUGAUAUUACCAUUGCAUUGUUGUUUUGUUUGCUCUAUUUGUUCAAAUUGAUUGUGGUUACGUAAAAUACAAUUUUUUCUACGUUCUAAAAAAAAAAAUGAUUAUUUAUAAUUUUGUUUUUAAAUAUUUUACAUAUUAUAUGCAUUUGAAAGUAGUCACUAAUCAUUUAUGACUCUAAUAUUGUUAAGCGAUAAAUAACAAAUGUGUACAUUAAAUAUUAAAAUUUAUUAUUUGUA